AUGAAGUCCUUUCUGCUUCUGGUCCUGGCGGCGCUGGGCUGCCGGGCAAAGACAGUUACUUACGACUUCAACGUCACCUGGGUCACGGCCAACCCCGACGGACUGGCAGAGCGCAAGGUCGUGGGCAUCAACGGACAAUGGCCUCUGCCGCUCAUCGAGGUUGACAAGGGCGAUCAGCUCGUCGUCAACAUGCACAACGGUCUGGGGGAUCGGCCAUGCUCGAUCCACUGGCACGGCAUGUUCCAAAACAACACAAACUAUAUGGACGGCGCUUCCAUGGUCACCCAGUGCCCUGUCCCACCGGGCUCAAGCAUGACUUACAAUUUCACCGUCAACCAGAAUGGCACUUACUGGUAUCACUGCCAUACGGACUACUGCUACCCGGAUGGCUAUCGUCAAGCACUCAUUGUUCACGACGAACAUGCGCCGUUCAAGUUUGACGAGGAGUUUACAAUCACCAUGUCUGACUGGUACCACGAGAUGGUAGAAGACCUGUCGACGGACUUCAUGUCGGUCUACAAUCCCACCGGCGCAGAGCCCAUUCCCUCCGCUUUCCUCUUCAACGACACGAUGAACUCGAGCAUCCCCGUUGAGCCCAACAAGACAUACCUCCUCCGGCUCGUCAACAUUGGCGCCUUUGUCGCGCAGUACUUCUACAUUGAGGGCCAUACCUUUAAGAUUGUGGAAAUCGACGGCGUGUACACGGAGCCUACCGAGGCUGACACGCUGUACAUUGCCGUUGCUCAGCGAUAUGCCAUUCUCCUGACGACGAAGAACCAGACGGACGUCAACUAUGCCAUUGUCACGGUCGCGGACUCUACCCUCCUCGAUGGAAUCCCGGAGGAUCUCCAGCUCAACAACACCAACUGGCUGGAAUACAACAAAGACGCCGCUCAUCCACAGGCAACCAUCAACGUGACGGACAGUACAGAGCUCGUCCCCUUUGACGAUAUCACGCUGGUGCCGACUGACAAGAUGGAGCUCCUCCCCGAGCCAGACAUGGAGAUUAAUGUGACAGUCAUCAUGAACAACCUCAACACGGGCUUCAGCUACGCGUUCCUGAACAACAUCUCGUACACGAAGCCCAAGGUGCCCUCUCUGUACACAGCGAUGUCGUCUGGGGACCUCGUCGCCAACAGCGAGAUCUACGGCGAGUUCACGCACCCAAUGAUCCUCAACCACAACGAUGUCGUGCAGAUUGUGGUCAACAACGCCGACGGCGGCUCGCACCCUUUCCAUCUCCACGGGCACAACUUCCAGGUCAUUAAUCGUGCGCCGCCUUAUGGACCGCACUUCAACGAUUUCCUGAACGGCGACCCUGUGCCGUACGAUCCUAGCAAUCACACGGCGUUUCCCAAGUUUCCUGCCCGGAGAGAUACAUUUGUGUUGCCGCCGCAGGGAUACGUUGUGUUGCGAUUUGUUGCGGAUAACCCAGGCGUCUGGAUCUUCCAUUGCCACAUCGACUGGCAUCUUGCUUCUGGUCUGGCGAUGAUCCUGAUUGAGGCGCCGCAGCAGAUGCAGGAGCGCAUGCAGAUUCCUCAGGACCACCUGGAUGUCUGCCAAGCCGCUGGAGUCUCGUCCAAGGGAAAUGCUGCGGCCGACACGACCAACUUCCUGGACCUCAAGGGCCAAGACGCGCAACCGGGCUGGAUUCCGGAUGGCUUCACGCCGCGGGGCAUUGUUGCGCUUGUGUUUUCGAUUCUGUCCGCUAUUAUCGGAAUCGUGAGCAUUGUGAUUUACGGAAUGGCGGAUGUCAAGCCUUUGAUGAUGUUCUGCCUCGAGAGGGGUCUGCAUCUGAACUAG